AUAGCGAGUCCUCUCAUUCGAUUCGUUCUCAAUUACAUUUUGAUCUGAAAACUCUCCGAGAAAAUCACCGAGUUACUGAGAAAAUGUCGGGCCGUGGAAAGGGAGGCAAGGGAUUGGGCAAGGGAGGAGCAAAGAGGCACAGGAAGGUGCUGAGGGAUAACAUCCAGGGAAUCACUAAGCCCGCCAUUCGCCGUUUGGCUCGUCGAGGUGGCGUCAAGCGUAUUAGUGGUCUGAUCUACGAGGAAACAAGAGGAGUGUUGAAGAUCUUCUUGGAGAAUGUGAUUCGUGAUGCUGUGACAUACACCGAGCACGCCAGGAGAAAAACAGUGACUGCUAUGGAUGUUGUCUACGCCUUGAAGAGACAAGGUAGGACUCUUUACGGUUUCGGGGGUUAGAAACGUUUCAUCGAUGCGGCUGUAUUGGGAUUGUUUAGGUUUAGAUUCGGUUGUAGAUCUUGCCUCUAGAUCUGAUUGGACUGUCGGUUUUCUUUUCUUCAAUAUGAUGUUUACUGUAUUAUUGAAAAUCGGAUGUCAACGUGAAAGAUUUCCGUUUUUGUGCAAAUAAUUUUGCUUUUCCGCUCA